GAAGGACAGAGCUGACCCGUCAGAGCAGCUGUGCCUGCGAACGUUCCUGGAGCCGAAGCUCUUCUGCACAGAGGAGGACAGAGUAGGCAGCAGGGACCAUGGAGCCCCCCUCAGGCCGUCCCUGCAGCAGGCGCGUCCCCUGGCAGGGGCUCCUGCUCAUAGCCUCACUUCUCACCUCCUGGAACCCGCCCACCACGGCCCAGCUCACUGUUGAAUCCGUGCCAUCCAGUGCUGCAGAGGGGACAGAUGUCCUUCUACUCGUCCACAGUCUGACAGAGAGUCCUUUGAGCUACUACUGGCACAAGGGGGACAGGGUGGCCAGCACCAAUCGAAUUCUAUUGUAUGUAGUAGCCACUGGAGCAAUUACCCCAGGGCCUGCACACAGCGGUCGAGAGACAAUAUACCCCAAUGGGUCCCUGCUGCUUCAGAAUGUCACCCAGAAUGACACAGGAUACUACACCAUACAAGUCUUAUCGCAAACUCUUCAGAGUGAAGAAGCAACUGGACAGUUCCAUGUGGCAAAAGACAACAGCCCAGGCCUCCCCGUGGGGGCCAUUGCUGGCAUAGUGACUGGGGUCCUGGCCGGGGUGACUCUGGCCACUGUGGUGUGUGUCGUAUUCCUCACAGGGAUUGGAAGGGCCAGUGGCCGGUGUGACCUCAGGGAACAGCGACCCGGAAAGUCUGUGGUGAGUGCCCCUUCUGUCUGGGUGUGGCUGGACCCAGAGGCCUGCCCCUACAAUGUCCGCUCCUGCCAGACACCCCCGUCCUGCCCCCUCCGCCAGCUCCACCUCUUCGGACAAGAUCAACCCCACCCUGGCCAGGAGCUGGGGCUCUCCUCAGGACCAGGACCCCCACACCCAGUCCUGACCCACUGUAAGGAGACCCCAGGAAUCCAACAGAUGCAGGGUGGGUUCUCAGAGCACCAAUCAGGGUCCCGGGUUAACCAGGAUCCCUCCCCCCCACCUGAUCCCAGGGCCACUAACCCUGUAUAUGAGGAAUUGCUACACCCUGACGCGAACAUGUACUGCAGGAUCAACCACAGACCAGAUGUGGCCCCUUAG